AUGCCCAAUCACCGGUUCGGCAUCGUUGAAUACGCCCGCGGGCGUUACUACAUCCAGGUGCACGGGGCGAGGGACAGGAACUUUGAGGCAUUACAGCAACGGUUGCAGGCAAUCUUCCAGCUUCUGCGAGGGGUCUAUCCCGACGCUCCGCCUUUUCAUGGGGUCGUCUCACGCGGGGCCGAGACCUGUGUCGUGGCGCGCUGUUUCCGCGAAGCUGGCGACGGGGACGAGGCUGGAAAUCUUGUGACCGGAAUGUAUGCCUUCAAAUUCAAAAUUAUUGGCAAGAAGGAAGAAACAUCUUUUCUGAGACUGUGGCUUCUUUGUGAGCAUAGGAAAUACCUAACGUGGUUGGAGCAGACGGUGCCGUUGUCCAAGGUCCGACUGCGGCCGUCUGAGAUUCCUGAUUCCCACAUCUCCCUGGGCUCCGCGGCGAACGCAAUCUGUGUCGUGAUAACCAAGUACUUUUACGGGCAUUCGGCUUUGUCAAAACCAUCAUCUAGCAUUGUGCCCUAA